UUUGAAAUUCCGAAGAAUAAUACCAUAGCUUACAUAAGCAAGGUUAACAUGCUAUUUUAUAGUUUUUGAGAGUAAUGCGUGCAACCAUUCAAGAUGGCGAUGUUGUGGUACAACCGGAUAACUUUACUGCUUGCUCUGGUCAAAACAGUCUGUUCUGUUAUUACAUUCGAGUGCAAUUUUGAUAGUGAUAGUUGUGGGUUUGUCCAGUCUACAGCCGACUCCUUCAAUCACAAGUGGGACAGAAUAAAAGGAAGGGCAUUAUAUAGCCCUUAUAAGUGCUGUCCAACUGCAGAUCACACUACAGGGUCAGGUUACUACUUUAUGUUCAAUGCAAGAGCCCACCGCUCCUAUGGCACCAAUGCCCAGGUCUACAAAACUAUAACAAUACCAGCGAAAGACAACAUAUAUAUGAGGUUCUAUUACUUUAUGUAUAGUGAUAUGAGUAAAAGUUAUGGAUCAAUGGGAACAUUGUUGGUUACUGCUGGUAGCACGAACAUCUUYUCUAAGACCGGCAAUCAAGGGAAAGGAUGGAAAAAAACAGACAUAAAGCUCACAAUGUCUGGAAGUAAAAGGUUUACCUUUAAAGCAAACAAAGAUAGAGAUCCGUAUGGAGACAUUGCAAUCGAUGACUUGUGGAUUGCAGAAUAUUACAAGGCGAACAUAACGAAUGUAACAGCCASUGCAACUGAAGUUUGUCUCAACGAGAACGUCAACCUYGAAUGUAAUACAUAUAAUGGAUUCCCAGAACAAGACGAGUAUCUCUUUUACAAGGAUGACCAACUKUUAGCAAGGGGCAACAACGCACUGAAGACAAUAAGCGUAAAAAGCUCUAUCGCUGGUAACCAUACAUACCAAUGUUCACCAAGCAUCGAUAUACUUGGACAGGCACCAAAUGAUACAAUCAUUAUAACUACACAUGCUCUACCGAGAGUUUCGAAUCCUCCUGGUAGAGUCAAUGUUAAUGAAGGUUCUAAAGUAAAUCUGGUAUGUAACGCGACAGGAAAUGGUCCUUUCACAAUUGUUUGGAAUAAGAAGAAUUCCAUUCAAACUUGGACCAGCAAAAACUACACAAUAGAAAGUGCUUCGGCYAGUAGCGAUCAUUAUAGUAAAUUCACCUGCACUGUGACUGAUGCCAAUGGAUGUAAAAAGACUUCACCAGAAACACUUGUCUAUGUAAACUACAAGCCGAAAAACACCAAUUUAUAUACUUCAGCGGGUACUAUAUGUGAGACUGGAAAAAUUUAUCUCAGUUGCUAUGCAAGCGCCAGACCAUCUGUCAACGAAUAUCGAUUUAUUUUGAAUGGAAAAGUGGUGCAGGCUGCUUCAACUCGUGUAAUUAAUAAACAGAAUACCUAUCCAGCGGGCUCCUAUAACUGGACAUGCUCACCGAAGAAUACAGUUGGUUUUGGACCAAAUACAACAAAAGAAAUCAUUAUCAAAGCGCCUCCAAACAUUACAUGGAUCACUUAUAAUCAGACGGUUGCUGAGGGAUCAAAGGUGAUUAUCUCAUGUAACGUGACCGGAAGUGAUCCCAUGACAAUUACAUGGAAAAAAGUUGGAAGUUCAUCAUCUCUUAGAAAUGGUCCGAGUCUCACGCUCGAAAAUGUGACGACCGCAGCCAUUGGUGGUUAUCAGUGCACAGCAAGCAAUGGUGGAAAAUGCGCAACGGCAACAUCCAGGCCGUCCUACCUUUACGUUGUGUACAAACCUAAGGGCACCAACCUUACCAUGUCUACUAACAGCACAUUAUGUCUUGAUGAUCUUAUAUCUUUGGAGUGCACAACUGACGCUGAUCCACCAGCUCAUCAGUAUUUGAUUUAUGUGAACGAUGAACUAUUAGAAACAUUCAAUACAACACGAAUAUCGUUCAAUACUUCAAUUGCUGGUAAUAACACAUAUAGAUGUCAGCCCGAAAAUACAGUAGGAUUGGGAGAGAGUGCAAGCAUCUUGAUCAAUACGAAAGCUCCUCCCAAUAUAACAUGGAUCACUCCCAAUCAGUCCACUCCYGAAAAGUUUGAAACCGUUGUGAUGUGCAACGUCAGUGGCAGUGCACCAAUGAACAUCGCUUGGAAUAAAUAUGGAUCUUCAUCGAAUUCCUUGCUCAGCAGCGAGGCCAAUCUAACCUUUAACUACCUAAUGAGGAAACACGAAGGAACGUACGAGUGUACKGCAAGUAAUGGCAACGAAUGUCCUAUCAUGCAAGCAACAACCUCCAUACAUGUCAUGUAUGAACCAACAGYCACUAUCGUCGAACGAUCCCUUACACUGAAAGAGAAAGAUGRCAUAGAUCUUACAUGCAAAARUGAUGGAGACCCUAAGCCAAACAUCACUUGGUCACGUGGCAAUGUCAUUCUUGGCACAAAUGAGAAGCUCAUUCUAUCAGCACAGAAGAGUGAGCCRGGGUUGUAUAAAUGUACUGCUAGCAACGGUAUUGGAAAAGAUCAAACAGCUACUACAAACGUGAUUGUUAAUGUUUGUCAAAGCGAAUGUAAGAAUAACGCGACGUGUCUGCGCACUGGGACAACAUUUCGCUGUUCUUGUCUUCGUGGCUUUCGGGAAAGAUUUUGCCAAGUUGUUGAUGUAGAAGCUAAAAAGUUUCAUGUAAAUUUGGUUGUUCUUUCAACUCCAUGGAAAGAAGAUCUUACAGAUUCGUCUUCAGUCGUCUUCAAGUCAUUUGAGAAGGACAUUUGCACAGAGAUGCGCAAUGCAUUUGGCCAGAAAAUGCUGUUAUGUAAACUCCUCGAAGCAAGCAAAGGAAGUGUUGUCACCAUCACCGAACUUGUCUUCAAUGGGACAAAGAUGGAGAGCGAAGUAAUGGGAACGUUAGCUAAUGCAACAGUCAACGGGACGCUGGGGAAACUUCUUCUAAAAGCGUCUGCAGGAUUCAAUGCAUCUGCACAAAUAGACGUAGAUGAUGUAUGUGCAAGUAAACCAUGCAAAAACGACGGCAAGUGUAUUGCCAAAAACAAUGGAUAUUCAUGUGAUUGUAAGCUUUUUCGAUUUGGAGAAAAGUGCCAAGAAGGAUUAAGUCUUGUCGUAGGUAUCAUUAUCAUCGUAUUCAGUUGUAUAGCUGUUGCGAUCAUGAUUCUU